AUGGCCACGUCUAUACUCGGGGAAGAGCCGCGCUUCGGAACUACCCCGUUGGCCAUGCUGGCGGCGACCUGCAACAAGAUCGGCAACACGAGCCCGCUGACGACGCUGCCGGAGUCGAGCGCCUUCGCCAAGGGCGGCUUCCACCCCUGGAAGCGCUCCUCGUCCAGCUGCAAUCUCGGCUCCAGCCUCUCGGGCUUCGCGGUGGCCACCGGCGGCCGCGGUUCGGGCGGCCUGGCGGGCGGCUCGGGCGCAGCCAACAGCGCCUUCUGCCUGGCCUCCACGUCCCCCACGUCGUCCGCUUUCAGCAGCGACUACGGCGGCCUCUUCUCCAACUCGGCGGCGGCCGCGGCGGCGGCGGCCGGGGUGUCCCCGCAGGAGGCGGGCGGCCAGUCGGCCUUCAUCUCCAAGGUGCACACGACGGCGGCCGACGGCCUGUACCCGCGCGUGGGCAUGGCGCACCCGUACGAGUCGUGGUACAAGUCGGGCUUCCACUCGACGCUGACGGCGGGCGAGGUGACCAACGGCGCGGCGUCGUCGUGGUGGGACGUGCACAGCAGCCCCGGCUCGUGGCUGGAGGUGCAGAACCCCGCCGGGGGGCUCCAGAGCUCGCUGCACUCGGGCGCCCCCCAGGCCUCGCUGCACUCGCAGCUCGGCACCUAUAACCCCGACUUCAGCUCGCUCACGCACUCGGCCUUCAGCUCCACGGGCCUCGGCUCCUCGGCCGCAGCCGCCUCGCACUUGCUCUCCACCAGCCAGCACCUGCUGGCCCAGGACGGCUUCAAGCCGGUGCUGCCCUCCUACUCGGACUCCAGCGCCGCCGUGGCGGCCGCCGCCGCCAGCGCCAUGAUCUCGGGCGCCGCGGCCGCCGCCGCCGGGGGGAGCUCAGCGCGCUCCGCCCGCCGCUACUCGGGCCGCGCCACCUGCGACUGCCCCAACUGCCAGGAGGCCGAGCGGCUGGGCCCGGCCGGGGCGAGCCUGCGGCGCAAGGGCCUGCACAGCUGCCACAUCCCGGGCUGCGGCAAGGUGUACGGCAAGACGUCGCACCUGAAGGCGCACCUGCGCUGGCACACGGGCGAGCGGCCCUUCGUGUGCAACUGGCUCUUCUGCGGCAAGCGCUUCACGCGCUCGGACGAGCUGCAGCGGCACCUGCGGACUCACACGGGCGAGAAGCGCUUCGCGUGUCCGGUGUGCAACAAGCGCUUCAUGCGCAGCGACCACCUGAGCAAACACAUUAAGACGCACAACGGGGGUGGCGGGGGCAAAAAGGGCAGCGACAGUGACACGGACGCCAGCAACCUGGAGACGCCCCGCUCCGAGUCCCCCGACCUCAUCCUGCACGACUCUGGCGUCAGCGCCGCCCGGGCGGCGGCAGCGGCGGCAGCGGCAGCGGCGGCGGCGGCGGCGGCAGCCUCGGCGGGAGGCAAAGAAGCCGUGUCCGGCCCCAACGACUCUUAG